CAGACGUAUUCAUAUUUGAUUGGAAACGAUGAUCAAUCUACCUUUCUCUCCUUUCCACCAUAACAAUCGACAAAAUGUUUCAUGAAAAAAGCUCUCACGACGCACCACCUCCAUCUUACAAUCAAAUCAAUCACGAUAACUCCCUUCGAUUCCUUUAUCUGGAUAAAGGAAUUUUUCAACCUUUUCAACCUUGGUCCGAUUUAGCACAUUUAUAUUGGACAACGAACGAUCAUGAUAUAGCUUAUGACGUUUCCACCGAUCCAUUGCAAAGUAUGUUUCAAUCCAAAUUUGCAAUUUAUCGUGGAAAUGCUGGCAGCAGUGCACCGGCUUUUACUUACAAUCAAAGCAGGGCCACAUUGCGAGAUGAAAAUGCCGGUAAUAAAAUGAAAUGUGACUACAAACGUGUCAAGGACAACAAAAGCACAACAUUGGAGUUCAAGUACAAUAAACACAACUUAAAGUGGACGUCUAGUCAACCGCUGAGCUCAAUGUAUGGUAAUACGUUCGAUACAGCAACAUACGUCUGCUAUGAUCCAUGUGGAACGCAACUUGCUACAUUCGCCUUCCUUUCUCCCGACGGCCAAUUGGAUACCCGAAUGCGCAUCACGCAAGCAGGCUCCCAAGUGCUUCCGAUGGAGAUCGCUUUAGCGACCUUUUCGAUAUUAUUCAUCGAGCAAUGGGGUGACUUAAGAAGAGAAGUAGACGAAAAUCCAAUCGCUGCACGAAUUGAAAGUUUGAGAAACGUCCAAUCGAAUUUUUCGGAAGGACGUUUGACAACUUAUGCUCUAACCAGUUUUGAGUAUAUCGAGGAACUGAUUGGUGAUAUACAAAUAGAAGCUGAUCGUCGUGAUGCGGAAGAAGCUGAAAGACUAGCAAACCGAAAGAGUAGCCGUCCGAAUGACAGUUCUGGCGUUAUGUCGAUGAAUGCAGCUAUGGGAGCAUCCAUAUGUUAAUGAUGUAUUUACCUUGUGGAAAAGGUUGCCGAUGAGUGUCAUUGAUUGUUCUUAUCUUUCCCACAUGCAAUCAUCAUUUGCAAUUGCUUUUGUUUGUUUGCUUUUUACACAU